AUGGCGGACACAAUGCCACCGCCUGCGGAUAAUAUUAUUUCGGCCGCUUCCUGGAACCCAGCUUUGAGGCCAGACUCAUCGGAACGUCCAAAACGAUCACAAUUUGCAAAUGAACAGCAACCCUUCUCCGAUGCAUCAAAAGAGGAAACCGAACCCGAGAGAUUCCCUUCGUCCCUUGACACACCCGAGUAUACAGAGUCUCUAGAAUAUAAGCACGACAUGCCUGCCGCUCAAACAAAUGUAACGGAAGUGAUCGAAGAAUUAUCCAACGACACGAAUACAAAGGAUUUCAGCUGGGGGGAAGAUACAGAAAUUACCUGGGACGUAGCUUCGCCGCAAAAUCCUUUUAACCGGGAAGACAUUGUUGGGCGCACUAAUUCGUUUCCUCCGAUUGAAAAUCACUUAAAACCCGCUUCCGGUGACACGUCGUUUGAUCAUGUCUACGAUGCGGAGGAGGUUGUGCAACCAUCGGAAACCCAACAACAGCACGAAACAAUUUCAACCGAGUCACCUGCGAAUAUUGAGCGGACUGACACUGACUUGUGGGAAAUAAAUGCUGUAGAGGACGACGAAGGUGGGUUCUUCGACCAGUUAAAAACACAAACAAAGCCGAUAUACAUGCCGCCAGAAGCGGAGUCUAGAUUCGAGGAAGGUAUUCCUUUGGUUGAAAAUGACUCAUACUCUCAGCCAGUCCUUGAAGAUAAGAGUGACGAGCCUCUUGGAGACAUGUUCGAAGAUGACGAUGGAGACGAUUUUUUCAAAUCCGCCGCUCCUGAGGUCGUAUCAAACCCUGAGAAGCCAAGCAUGACCCGGAAAAGCACCUACGACGUUAUUAACUCACUCGAUGCGGGUGCUUUAGACUCACCGGUGGAGGACUCUACUGUUGAUGCGAAGCUUGAUGGUGCAAUAAUAAAAGAGGACGAGGAAGACCUGGCGGCCAGGUGGCAGGCAGAACUGGACGACGAUGACGAUUUACUUCUAGAAGACGAUAUAUCAAAGGAAACCUCUACAGUGGCAGACUCAUCCACGGCUAUUGAGUCGUCGCCCCAGACAGUGCCAUCCCAACCUGCUACUUCGAGUUCCGUAAACCCAUACGCACCGCAUCAGCCGUCAUCGUCGGAAUUACUUCAUGGACUAUCAAAUCCAUAUGCCUUGUCAUCAAACGUACCUCCAGCAACAUUCGCAGCGCGUCCAAGCCAAAUACCGCCGGAUUCUGGGGCACAAAGCUUUGCGGACCAGUCUAGGCAAGGAUACCAGUCUCCUUACGACUUACCAGACACCAUCGCUCGCCCCCGACGGGCACCAGCAUCUCGAAAGACUGGCACUCCUCCCUCAAAUGCUAUGGCCCCACCGCCACCUCGAAGUAUUAGCAAUUCGGUAUUUACACCACCGCCAGUAGCAACCAUGCCGCCACUCCCCUCGCAUAGCAACAUAACGCCCCCUCAAAGCCGUGAAACCAAUGCGCCUAAGAACUUUUUCGAAGAACUACCUGUGCAACCAUCAAGAACACGCCCUGGGAGCCGCAGUGGACGGUAUACCCCUCAGACAACAGCACAUUUGAAUCCACCUACUCAAUUAGUGCCGCCAGUUCCCCAGGUGCCUGCGCCUUCUAUUAUACAUCCUGCCGAGACUCCCGCAGAGAAUACUUAUCAAUCGCAACUUCAGGCCCCUGAGCUGAUAGGCCCAUAUUCGAACUUAAGCGUUCCUCCCGUGCCUGCUGGCCCUGGAACUGGCCCUAGGUAUUCCCCAAAACCACCAGGUGGUGCCAUAGCGGGUAAACCCCCGAUAUCUCCACGUUAUUCCCCAGCUCCGCCUCCUUCUCAAGCGUCAUUGUCUGGCCGACCUCGCUAUGCUUCUCAGCCUGCAUCUCUUCCGUUUCAGCCGCGUACAUCCAGCCCUUUGGCUCACCACGAGAAAAUUGCAUACGAAGCACAGCAGCCGCCGUCUGUUCCUGCUGCCCAACCUGAAGUUGAGCCACUAGCAUACACAUUCCCAAAUUCCAACACUUCGCAGCCAUAUAGCCCCCCGAAGAAUCCAUUUGCUUCUAUCUCAAAUGCUGGCGAGCAUGCUCGACAUUCCUCCAACGAGUCUCCAUACCUUCCUAAUGCUGGCUCAUCUCAGGGCAAAAUAGCACCCCCACCAAAUGACAUUCAAUUCGCACCGCCUAGGAGAUCUCAAACCCAAUCACCAAGCAGACAAUUGUUUGGACCAAGCCUUACCAAGACCAGCGCUGAACCCUUUCAACGGCCAGCUUCUGUUCAUGCACCCAACUCUCCAACAAAAACAGUAAACCCUUAUUCUGCAAUGCAAGGAGUGCCACCAGUCAGAGAACACAUUGAACACGCAUUCAUAGAGCCUACUGAUGGCCAAGAACAGGAUCCUCUACAGCGUUGGAAAGGAGCUCCAAUGUUUAAGUUUGGAUUUGGAGGCGUGGUCACCACCUGUUUCCCUCGGCAUAUACCCCGAUAUACCCCUGGUCAAAUGACACCAAUGAUAAUGUCUACCCCUGGGGAGCCUAAAGUUCGUCAAUACAAAGACAUCAUUUCUUCUGGAGAUGAUAUUGUACGAUAUCCGGGUCCGCUGAAGACGAAAUCCAAGAAAAAGGAUGUCGUUGCUUGGCUAUCUAGCAGAAUCGCUGCUUUGGAAAAUGAAGGUGUCCCCUUUUCUCUGCAAUCUGAACCCGAUGGCUACAAAAGGCACGACGAGAAGACUCUUUUGUGGAAAUUAAUGCGAGUGCUAGUUGAAAACGAUGGGGCACUGGAAAAAUCGGCAGAUAUACAAAAGUUAUUACAAAGCAUUAUAUCACCAGAACUGGAAAACCUGAGCUCCGAUAACAGUUUCAAUGCCAGUGGAGGACCAGGAACAUAUCAACCGAGUACUAGCUCUGUACGAGCAGAAGCCGUCGAUGGCAAUAUUCUUCAAAGCAUAAAGAAAGAUCUCUUGGUUGGAGACCGUGAGAAAGCUGUUUGGCGAGCAGUGGAUAGCCGCUUGUGGGGUCAUGCUAUGAUCAUGUCGUCGGCUCUUGACAAGCCCCUUUGGAAACAAGUAGUUCAAGAAUUUAUCAAAAGAGAGGUUCGCUCGGUUGGGGAAAACACCGAGUCAUUGGCUUCUUUAUACGCAACCCUUUCUGGAAGUUGUGAAGAAAGUGUUGAUGAGCUUGUUCCUCCUUCUGCAAGAGUUGGGCUACAGAUGGUGACCAAAGGUGGACAAGGGUCCACUAAAAAUGCACUUGAUGGUUUAGAUAGAUGGCGUGAAACCCUCGGCUUAGUCUUGAACAAUCGUAGUAUCGAUGAUCAUCGAGCGCUAUUCUCCAUGGGCCAGCUCUUAGCAUCCUACGGCCGAACAGAGGCGUCGCACAUUUGCUAUCUAUUCGCCCGAGCAUUUUCGCAGAAUGCAGUGUUUGGUGGAGCUGAUGAUGCCCAAGCCGCUAUUGUUCUUCUGGGCACAGAUCAUCACAGGUUCCCGGCUACGUUUUUCCGCGAUGAAGAUGCGAUUGCAUUGACAGAGGUCUAUGAAUUUGCAACGUCUGUCUUGGCUGGCAACCCAAGCGCCAUACUGCCCCAUUUGCAGCCGUUCAAAUUGCAGCACGCAUAUAUAUUGGCAGAGAAUGGGUCGAGAAAUGAUGCCCAACAGUAUUGCGAAGCCAUUGGCGGAAUUAUCAAAGCAAAUACUAAGCCUUCCCCUUACUUUCAUCAACGCUUGUUUGCCGAAAUUGAUGAACUUGCAAACAGACUCAGGCAAGCCCCAAGCGAUGGCAGUUCAUCAUGGAUGUCCAAGCCUAGCAUGGAAAAGGUUUCUGGCUCCAUGUGGGCGAAGUUUAGUAGCUUUGUUGCUGGUGAUGAAAGUGACGGUGCCUCCAAUGGAUCAGCCAUGGAUGCCGAUGUUGGGCCUUUUGCUAAGGUUUCUGGAACCCCUACUGUCAGUCGGUCGCCUUCUGUAUCCGACAUAUAUGGCGGAUAUCCAAUGGCACAGGGAACGAAUGCAUCUUCACGCUAUGCACCCGGGAACCAAUAUGCCCCUGCCUCAUCCCCAGAACAAUAUCGUGGACGAUCUUCAAUGGAAUCGCAGAGGUCUCCAUCUAUUGGCGGGUCCCAAGAAUCAGCAGCACCGAUUGAAAGCAAUGUUUAUACCCCAACCUCAUCUAAUAUCUAUGGCUCCCCAUCCUAUCAAUAUCAUUCAACUCCUCCGCAAUCGUCCUACAUGCCCCUUGCUCCUGUGGAUGAGAAUAUGCCGAGCCAGUCACAACCAGCUUUCCCAGUUGUGGCUCAACAGUCAGCACUUACAAGUGGACUCCAAGCUUCACCAGUGGCAUUUGGACAACCUAUAGAGGCAGUGAAAAAUGCAGCGGCUGAAGUACCCUUAUAUGGUGGCUAUGAGCCCCCAACUUCUUCCUACGAACCACCCUCAUAUCAACCAGACCUACCUAUUACAACGGAUGCCCCAGAAAAGGAACAAGACGAGGAAGACGACGACGAAGCAAGCAAACCGAAGAAGAAGUCUUUCAUGGACGAUGAUGAUGAUGACGAUCUUGUUGCUCGGGCAUCAGCAGUCCAAAGCGAUGCAAAGUCACAGCGUAACAGAGAACUCGACGAGGCAGUUCGCAGAGCCGCCGAGGCAGAUGCACAAAGACCUGCACCUGCGAAGAAGGGCUGGUUUGGAGGUUGGUGGGGAGGCAAAAAGGAUGGCGAUGCAUCUGGGGGACCUAUCAGAGCCAAGCUGGGUGAAGAGAACUCGUUCUACUAUGACCCUGACCUCAAGAAAUGGGUCAACAAAAAGGACCCAAAUAGCGCUAAUGCCGCGGCUCGAGCUACCCCUCCGCCUCCAAAAGGUCUUGCGCCACAAAGCAGAUCUGCUAGUGCUGGCAGCACGACUUCUGGACCACCAAUGUUACAGCGCCCGCCAUCUAUGUCUGAAUUAGGCACCUCAGUGGACAGUCGUCCCUCUACCGGUGGCAGCGCGCUGCCUCCGGUAUUGAACGGUGCUCUACCGAUUCCUGGUCUUGCCGGACCUAAUGGACUACCCCGUGCUGCCUCUACCAGUGUUGCCGGUGCCACACCACCUACUUCUAGCCCUGGGCUAGCACCACCUUCUCGACCUGCAACAUCAUUGAGCACUGCCAGUUCUAUUGAUGACUUGCUAGGUGCUCCACAAGCGCGGAAGGGAGGUACUGUCAAAAGUAAGAAGAAGGGCAGAGGAUACAUUGAUGUGAUGGCUAAGUAAAGAUUUGUUCUGGUGUCACGGCUUAACGACAUGAAUAUGACCAAGAGGGUAUUCCAGAUGUUGAUAUACACCACCUUCAACCCUGCAGGGCGAUCCACACACCUCAAGAAUUUCUUCACAUAUUUUUUGAUGAUCAUUUUCCCCUAUGAUUCUUUUUAAUGUGUUUCAAUUAUGUUUGCUUUGAGGAGCUUCCUCUAUGUUAAGAGUUUCUUGUUGGUCAUUUUUAGGAUGGAAAUGUUUGGAGAUUAGAGAUAG